UUUCAGAAAUGUCAUUUCUCAACACAAAUCGCUUCCACUGGUUAUGUUUUUUCCUUUGGCAAUUUGCACUUUUCUUUUGUUGCCAGCAAAUUUUUUCGAUUUUCUACAAUUUCAGUCCAGGCCUGUCUUGUGAUGAUCCCAGUUUUCAGUUUUCAAAACCGAAAUGCAAGCUUUCAAAAUCAGAAAUAUGCUCAGAACUCACAGCAAAUUGCUCUAAAAUAGUCAUUGAGGAAGCUCCUUUCCACUCAAUGGUUCAGGAUUUUAAAAUGUUUUGUGGAACAAAAGCUUAUGAUGCUGCAUGGGUAGCCACUAUUCAAUUCAUUGGAGUUCUUAUUGGAGCUAUUACUUAUGGACAUUUGGGUGAUCAUUUUGGUAGAAAACCUGUUUCAUUUUUUGGAAUCUCUGUGGGAAUUUUGUUCGGAGUAGCUUCAGGAUUUGCUCCAUCAUGGGAAGUUUUUGCCGCUUUCAGAUUCAUCGUUGGUACUUCGAUUGCUUCAAUUCUCAUUGUAUUCUAUGCAUAUAUUCUGGAGUUUAUUGAGCCUGAGCAAAGAGUUUUCUUGAGAUCUUUCUUUAAUUGGGGUUAUGCUCGUCUAGUUUUCACUCUUGCUUGCUUUAUCUGUGGCUACUGGAGAUCUGCUGCAAUUGCCACAUCACUUCUUUCACUCCCAAUUCUUCCAGUUCUUUUAAUCUUACCAGAGUCCCCGAAAUGGUUUAAUACCAAAAAGAGAUUUCGAGACGCAAGGGCGGCUGAGAAACGUGUUGCAUGGCUAUCAGGGAUCCCAUACGUCAAUGACGAAGAUCAAAGUAUAGAAAUAUCUGAAAAACUAGAAGAGAAGAGUACGAAGAUCUAUACAAUGAAAGAUUUAUUCACUUCCUGGACAAUUGCAUAUCGUACAAUUGUGGUCGGAUCUUUGUGGUUCUCUACAAGUUUAUCAGCGUUUGGUUCUGACUUGAAUUCUGGGAAUUUGGCUGGAAAUUUUUAUUUGAGUCAGUUUGUGUCCGGUGCGGUGACCGCAUUUGCAAAAAUUUUUGUAUUCCUAUUGGAUACCUAUGUUCCAUCAUUUGACCGUCGGCGUCUACACCAAUAUCCUCAAAUUGCCAUGAUUUUAUGUUAUUGUGUUAUCAUGGUUCUGAUGAUUCUUCCUGAAUCAGACUGUGGAAGUCAAGGAUCUCGCGAUUUGGCUAUCAUCAUAAUUAACAUCAUCGGUGUUUCCUUCAUUGAGAUCACAUGGGAUGCAUGUUAUCUUGUAGCAGUGGAAUGUUUCCCAACUAAAAUUAGAACUAUUGGUAUCGGUACAUGCUCCCUACUUGCCAGAACCGGAGCCUUACUUGCUCCUCAAAUGGCUUAUCUCUCUGAUAUCUAUCGACCAGCUCCGUACGCAGUUGUUUGCUCAAUUGGUACAAUUUCCCUCCUGAUAUCUUGUGUUUUCCUACCAGACACAAAAGGAGUUGAUUUGGCAGCACUUGAUCCAACUGAAGAACUUGAUUACGAUAGAAAGAAGAGCAUGACGGAGAAUAUUGUGAUUCAGAGAAAAAGAACAGGAACUUUGGCGGCUGCUAGAUUAUCAAUUGUUGAAAAUAAUAUAAAUGCAUAAAAAUAGAACAUACUAAACAUAACAAAUUGUGCACAA